UACAGCCUCAGUCACCGUCAGACAACGGGAGUCACCGGCGCAGAGUACACACUCAUUGUUUCACUGCCGAAGAACAGCUCGCUAAAAACGCCGCUUUCAGGAGAGUCUUUAUCGGAGCAACGAUGUGGGACCGAGUGGCUUCUCUGCUGCUGCUUGUUGCGGCUUCGACUUUAGCUGCCGAGGUGCCUACAGAUGUUUCCAUGGGUCUGCUGGCCGAGCCGCAGGUGGCCAUGUUCUGUGGCAAACUCAACAUGCACAUCAACGUGCAGAGCGGCAAGUGGGAGCCCGACCCUUCAGGCACCAAGAGCUGCAUCGGCACCAAGGAGGGCAUCCUGCAGUACUGUCAGGAGAUUUACCCAGAGCUCCAGAUCACCAACGUAGUGGAGGCCAACCAGCCGGUCACCAUCCAGAACUGGUGCAAGAAGGGACGCAAGCAUUGUCGCAGUCACAUGCACAUCGUCGUGCCCUACCGCUGCCUGGUGGGGGAGUUUGUGAGCGACGCCCUGCUCGUUCCAGACAAGUGCAAGUUCCUGCACCAGGAGCGUAUGGACCAGUGUGAGAGUCACCUGCACUGGCACACUGUCGCCAAGGAGUCCUGUGGAGACCGCACCAUGAAUCUCCACGACUACGGGAUGCUGCUGCCGUGCGGCAUCGACCGCUUCAGAGGAGUGGAGUUCGUGUGCUGCCCGGCCGAGGCGGAGCGUGAGGCCGACAGCACCGAGCAGGACGCCGACGAUUCCGACGUGUGGUGGGGCGGCGCAGAGACGGACUACUCUGACAACAGUAUGGUGCGAGAUCCGGAGCCAGUGGAGAAGCAGGAGGAAGCGAGGCCAUCUGUGAUCACAGAGGACAAGGAAGGCGGCGACAACGACCAGGAGGAGGAGGAGAAGGAGGCGGAGGCGGCAGCAGCAGUGGCCAAUGAAGAUGACGAGGAGGACGAGGAGGAAGACGAGGAAGAAUUACUGGACAAUGACCGGGACGGAGACGGAGAGGAGGAUGAGGAAGUGGUGGAGGAAGAGGAGGAGGAGGAGGAAGAGGAGGAGGUAGUAGAGGAGGAGGAGGACGGAGACGACGACAUCAUAGACACGCUCGACGACAACGAGGAUGAGCCCACCGCCAACGUUGCCAUGACGACAACCACCACCACCACCACUGAGUCUGUGGAAGAGGUUGUCAGAGAUGUGUGCUGGGCCAGUGCAGAGACCGGUCCAUGCCGGGCCAUGCUGCCCCGCUGGUACUUUGACCGAGAGGAGGGCCGCUGUGCUCAGUUUAUCUACGGCGGCUGCGGCGGCAACAGGAAUAACUUUGACUCAGAGGAGUACUGCCUGUCUGUGUGCAGCAGCGUCAUGCCCACGGCCACGCCCAGCUCCUCCGACGCCGUGGACCACUACCUGGAGACGCCCACGGACGAGAACGAGCACGCUCACUUCCAGAAGGCCAAAGAGAGCCUGGAGGCCAAACACCGCGAGAGGAUGUCCCAGGUGAUGAGAGAGUGGGAGGAGGCAGAGAGGGAGGCCAAGAAUCUUCCACGUGCCGACAAGAAGGCUGUCAUUCAGCGUUUCCAGGAGAAGGUGGAGGCACUGGAGCAGGAGGCGGCCAGCGAACGCCAGCAGCUGGUGGAGACCCACAUGGCCCGGGUGGAGGCUCUGCUCAACGACCGCCGCCGCCUGGCUCUGGAGAGCUACCUGACCGCCCUGCAGCAGAAUCCACCCAGGCCUCGCCACGUUUUCAGCCUGCUGAAGAAGUACGUGCGUGCCGAGCAGAAGGACAGGCAGCACACACUCAAACACUUUGAACACGUCCGCAUGGUCGAUCCCAAGAAAGCUGCCCAGAUUAGACCUCAGGUGCUGACCCACCUGCGUGUCAUUGAGGAGCGCAUGAACCAGUCUCUCGGACUUCUCUACAAGGUGCCCGGCGUGGCCGACGACAUCCAGGACCAAGUCGGUGAGUUUUUAGAGCUGCUGCAGAGGGAGCAGGCAGAGAUGGCUCAGCAGCUCGCCAACCUGCAGACGGACGUGAGGGUGAGCUACGGCAACGACGCCCUGAUGCCCGACCAGGAGCUGGGCGACGGUCAGACCGACUUCCUGCCUCAGGAGGACACACUGGGCCUGGCCGGAGUCGGCUUCAUUCACCCUGAGAGCUUCAACCAGGCCAAUACUGACAACCAGGUUGAGCCAGUGGACUCUCGCCCAAACCUUGAUCGAGGCAUUCCCACACGGCCAGUGACUGGAAUGAAAAUGGAAGCCAUUCCUAAGAUCAGGAUGGAGACGGAGGACAGACAGAGCACCGAGUAUGAAGUUCACCACCAGAAACUGGUCUUCUUCGCAGAGGACGUGGGCUCCAACAAGGGCGCCAUCAUCGGCCUGAUGGUUGGCGGCGUCGUCAUAGCGACCGUGAUCGUCAUCACCCUGGUGAUGCUGAGGAAGAAGCAGUACACCUCCAUCCACCACGGAGUCAUCGAGGUGGACGCUGCUGUCACGCCCGAGGAGCGCCACCUGUCCAAGAUGCAGCAGAACGGCUACGAGAACCCGACCUACAAGUUCUUUGAGCAGAUGCAGAAUUGAGGAGAAUGUCACAUCGACACAUACACAUACACAUAUACACACACACACACACACAUCACAUGCCCCCCGUCCCCUCCCCUCCCCCAUCCUCCCCCCCUACUCCAAAACAGCUAAUCUGGAUUAGAUGAUAGACGAGUUACUGUAGUGGGGUGAGGUUUUGUUUGUUUGGUGGCUGGGCGGACGCGGCUCUGUUGCACCACGUUAGUUCACUUUAUUGGAGCAAAGUUGUCCUUUUAAAGAAAAGGAAGAACGGCGUCUUUUUAUAUAUAUGUUGCUCCGUCUGGGCCUGCUGAUGUAUGAAGAUGAAGGGGGGAGGAGAAAAACAAGGCCCCGCCCAGUGCGUCGACAAACAAACCCACCCGUUCACCGAGGAGGAAGAAGAAGAAAAAAAAAGGCGGGAUCUCAGCGCGUACUCUCAUGUGUUUGAAUCCUAAUCCGUGUCGGGAAAUUUAAAAGUGGAGCGACGUCGUCGUAAAUGAGGCUCAGUGGUUUUUGCCUGCUGCACAACUUCUCCUCUACAGUCGACACUGGAGUGAAAACAAAGUUUUCCCGCCCGGCGUUUCCGCUGCGGCUCGGUUUGCGACGCUUGCUGCGUCAGGUCACUUUUAGACGCGCUGACAUCUAGUGGCGAUGCUGCAGAUUGCAAGAAGUGGAGCACGUCAGGGAACUACGGUGGCCUUCGUGUACCAGAAAAGAAUGUCAUCCUUUGUGUACUGCUAGUUUGUCCAUCCAGGUUGCCGUAGAAACCGGACAGCACAAGACAUUGUUUACGUUCUUUUUCGGGCUACGAUGACAUUAUGCUAUUUAGGUAGCUGGCGCAAGGAUGGCGAAAGCGAACUGCAGCGUAAACGCUCGGUGGAAACGCGACUUUAAGGUAAAAAUAAAACCUCCUCUCCUUCCUUCCUUCCUUCCUUCCUUACGUCCUCCAUCCUUCUUUUUUUCGUGCAUUCUUACGACAGCUGGGCUGUGUGGAGCCGAUGAUUUACGUUCAGACGCUAAAACACGAUAGUGAGUUGCGUUGGCGGUGACGAUGCGUUAUGACGACUGAGCUGUUUUGUUUUGUUUUAUUUCAGGAGUUUUUCUUUUAUCUUUUCCUGUUUUUUGUUUUUCAAAAAAGAGCAAAAAAAAAGAAAAAAUGUCGGGGGGAAAAAAGAGAAAAAAGUCGGCCUAUGUAAAGUCCUUUUUUUAAACUGCGUGUAAUGUUCCUGAAGUACUGCUCUAAGGUCUUAGCUGUUAUUAUGUAGUGCAUGAUGACGACGACAGGAUUUGGAAACAAUGAAAACAAAGAAACAAUUUAAGAUCUUUACGCUGCUCUCUCUCUCUCUGUCUCUCUCUCUCUCUGUCUCUCUCUCUCACUCUCUCUCUCUCUCUGUCUCUCUCUCACGUUUAGAUUGUCAUCUUAGCCAGAUUGUACAUUUUAGUAUCUUCUCGUGAUCACGUGACUUCAAAAAUUCAAAUGAUGAAGAAGAAAUGUAUAUAUAUGUGUGUGUAUAUAUAUAUAUAUAUAUAGAUAUAUAUAUACACAUAUAUAUAAAUAUAUAUAUAUAAAUACAUGAAUGAAUCUAGAAGAACAUGUAAAAAAAUACACAUUUAAAUGAGAUCUGUGAUUCUGGAAUUUAAGUGUGUUUUCUUUUCUUUUUUAUUGCGUUCCUGACGUGGGUCGUGGGUUUUUUUUUUGUACAUUAUUCUCAUUAUUUACGCUUCUUCUCACAAACACUUAUUUAACGCUCUUUGUUGUUUUCCAUGUGGUUGUGUUUUUUUAUAAAUGAGUCGGGGAAAGAAGGUCGCGGAGGUUCAAAAAGAGGGCGGUUUUAAGGUUGACGUGUGUGUGUGUGUGUUUGUCGUUGUCAGUCAGACGCUGUGUCGUUUUUGUUUUUUUGUUUUUGUAGAACAGUUGGAGAAGAGAAGAGGAGGAGGAGCAGAGGAGAUGACGAGACGUUCUGUGUGUUUAGAUAUGCAGCACUGUGCAAAAGUCUUCAUAAAAACACUGGAAAAGAACUUUUAAUCAAGAUUUUAAUCAAGAAAUAUGCACUAAAAUGAAAAUUCAGAACAAAAAUAUUUAGUGUGUUUCUUUAAUAUUUUGUUAAAGACUAACCUGAUGUAUUCUAUAGGUCAUAGAAUAUAUAGGACUUCAUUUUAUCUAUAAGACGGCCUGGAAACGUGCGUUUGUAAUCUGCUCGCUCUCCCACACCAAACCCCAUAGAGAAAAUCAGCAAUUUUACAUCCCAGCACACAGGAGCUGUCGAUCCACCGCUGCCUCUGUUAGAAAGUUCUAAUGUGUUUCUCUGUCGAACUCUGUGUGUGAAACCCUCUGUUCACGUUCACCUCAGUGACACAAACUGACCACACGAGGCAGCGGUGCACCAGCAGCUCCUGUGUCCACGUGAGUUCAAAUCCACACUUUUCUUUAUGGAGUCUGGUGUGCGGGAAAAUGACCUUUUUGUUCCAACCUUCUAAUAAAUAGAUUGCAAAAUAACAUUAGAAGUUAAUUGUAGCCGGGGUAAAAGCACAAAUAUGGUGAUGUAAGACUUUGUCACAGUGCUGUAUGUACUGUCCUGUAUAUAAUGGAUUUUCAGCUCCCCUUGCAGCAGCUCACACCUGGACUGUCGACACACACACACACACACACACACACACACUGGAGUCUGUGUAUAAAUAAAUAAAUAAAUAAAUAUAAAUGUUCACCACCAGAGGGAGAGAGAGAGCUGAGAGCCGAGAGCAGGCAACAUAGGUAAUAAAAAGAUAUUUGAUAUUUUUGGUCGUGUUGGCAGUAAAAUAAAAAAAAAAAUCCCUCCGUUCCUCUUCAUGUCACACAUCCAUCACCAUGGCAACAUCACGGAAAGAAACAACAGCUCUCGCUGUGUUUGUUUAAAGUGGCAUGUACAGUAAAGUGUGUGUGUGUGAGUGUGUGCAUGGAGGCUGCCGUGUGGGCUUGGUCCAUGUUUCAGAGGUUGUGCAUUAGACGCCCACCAGAGGGCAGUAGAGUAAGCAGGGUUUUCUUUCUGUGUGUUUUCUCUUUUUCUUUUUCUUCCUGUGGGUUCUACAGUAUAUUGGGUUUUUUUUUUGGUUUCCACUGUGUAAUAUUGUGCAGGUCAUUUGCAUUGACUGGGAAAAUGCUUUCUACACUGUAUUCCAUAAUAAAGUUUUGAAUGUACAUACCGA